AUGUCAGGUCUUCAUACCUUCACAUGGCUGUGCACUGUGAUCAUCUGCAUGGCGCACGUGAGCUCAAUGCCUACAAGCUGCAAGCUUCAGAAGAGGCUGGUGGAGAAAUGCCAUGAUAUUCUGGAGAAGAUGGGAGACAGAUUUCCUCUGCACUGUCUUGAAGGCACAGUUCCUGUCCCGUUUCCCGAGGCCGCGUUCCAGUUCAGCACGUCCCAACAGGCCGUUGCCCUGGAAAAGACCAUCUACUCAACGCUGACCUACAUCUCUUCCUUGUUUGAUGAAGACGGUGUUCCCGAUGAGUGGAAGAACCUCGAGGAAUUUCAGAACAUCAUUUACCGGCAGAUUGAAGAGAACAAAUGUAUCAUGAAGAAAACUCAAGACUCACAGGAGGACUUUCUCAGACGUGAAAAAGCGCUCAAAGAGUAUUUCGACAAAAUAUCAGCGGGUUUGAAAGAAAAGAAUUUCCAGGUUUGUGGAUGGGAAUUUGUCCGAAAGGAGGUCCUCAUCACUCUACAGUUCAUCCUGAAUAAAGACUUGAAGGGCGUUCUCUUUUCCAGCUGGGGCUGAGCAACUACCAGAGUUCUGCAGAGUUCAGCUUUUUAACUUUGUACCAGAAGAAGUGCCUUGGAUUUUUUUCCCUUUUUUUAAAUAUUUAAUAUCUGCCUAAAAGGUCUUAUCAGAUUACUAUAAGGAUCAUGACCUGUUUAUUUAUUUAUUUAUUUAUUUACAUUACAGAUUUUUAUAUAUGACAGUUGUGAAUAAAUUAAA